UGACUGCAUUUAGCACAAGCCUUCUUGAUCAAGACAUUAGAUACAUAGCAACCGUAGGCUCUCUAAACCAGCGCUCAGGCAGAAACAUGGCCAAUCAUAUAUGUGAAAAGGACAUCAACACUGGUAUUGAAAAGUUAAAGAUUUCUGGAUCUGAUGGUAAUGGCAGUCAAAUAACAACUCCAGAAGACAAACAGAGUAUAAAACAGAUAUUUUAUGAAAGUAUUUGCGAGAAAAGUAUGAAACAUAUUGUGUGUUUUAUUGAGAGUGAAAGUGUUAAUGUGAACACUGUCUUUAAUGAGCAAUUUGUGUCCAUGCAGUAUCACACCUGGACCCCAUUGCACAUAGCCUGCAAAAAGGGCAAUGUAGAACUUGUUGAGUGGCUGCUAAAUCGUGAAGCAGACCCUAAGAUUGAGGAUAAGAAGGGAGAGACGCCCCUUCAUGUUGCUUGUAAACAUGGCCAUGAUAAAUGUGUCCGGACACUGCUUAAUGCAAAUGAGUUUCUGAAAGAUAAACAAAAUAAACAAGGCCUAACACCACUGUGCAAGGCUCUUUACAGACUGGAAACAGCUUUUAAAGAAAACAACUAUUACAAAACCAUUGAGUUGCUAAUCAAUGCUGGAUGUAAUGUGAACCUGUCUCCCGUGACGAAUAUGACUCCCCUCCAUCUUGUAGCCAAGAGAUGGAGCAGCAAGGCGGUUGUAGAAAAGCUGAUAGCUGCCGGUGCUCAAGUGAACAUAGUAACCACAGACAGCAGCCCCCUCAUGUCUGCCCUGUGCAGGCAACGCGUGGACUCGGAAACUGUCCUGGCACUGAUCAAGGCUGGGGCUGAUGUGAACUACAAGAAUCCGAGUGGAAAAGCAGUGCUGCAUGUGGCAGUGGCCAAAAGUGAGGAUAUCUGUGUGGGACACCUGCUACUGGCUGGUGCAGACCCCAACAUCAAGGAUGCAGAUGGCAAUAGUCCACUGUGGAUUGCAGUCAGUGAAAACAAUGUUAGAAUCACACCUUUACUUCUUGGACAUGGAGGAGACGUAAACUUUGCAAACAAGGAGUACAACAUGUCACUGUUGUGUAAAGCCACUUUUAAUAGAAACAAAACUAUCACGAAGAUGCUAUUAGAUAGCCAUGCAGAUGUUGACAUGAUGACAAGUUUAGGUGCAAGCGCACUUCACUAUGCUGUAGAUAAUGGAAAUGAGGAUAUCAUAAGACUGCUUCUUGAGAGAAACUGCUACCUUGGCAAUUAUUCUUUGUUCAAAAACUUAUAUGACCCACAAAAUGCCUUACAGAUCGCACUGAGUAAUGGUGAUGCUGACAUUGUUAAGCUUCUUCUAAGAUAUGGAUUCCAGGUGAGGAUGAUGAGCCGUGAGUCUGUGCUAGAUAUUGUCAGGGACGAUGAGGAGCUUGUAGAGUGGCUCACAUACUUCCUGUCCACGCCCCAGUCACUGCUGCAUCUGGCCCGAGUCAAGCUCAGGCUUGUAUGUGGCACAGACCUCAUUAGGGUUCUAGAGGCGCUAGUUCAAGGUCACCACAUCCCAGAGCGUCUAGCUGACAUCAUUCUUAUGAAAGAUUGUGAAAAGAGUGCUGGUGAAGAAUAUGACCUGGAUUACUGUGAUUGGGAAUGAUUAUGUGUUUAAUAUCUUUGGCAUUCUUUGCUUUAUACAUUUAGUUUUCUGAUGAUAUAUGUAUUAUUCAAUGGGAUUUUGUUUCUUUAAUUAUAGAUAGUCAGUGACUUGGAGAUGCAUUUAUAUUAUAGUUUUCCUAGCGUUUAAGCUGUUUUUAAUCUUGAAGUAAGUACAGGUAGACAUUGUUAAAGUUUAAAGGCCCGGUAGAUACGGUAUAACAGUAUUCAAAGAUAAAAACCCAUUUGAAAAUUUAGCAAGACAUUCACAAUCAUGAAAGUGAGAAACAUAAUAAAUUCUAAAAAUCUUAAAACAACAAAGAAAAAUAAUAACAAAAAGCAAAAGUUUAGACUGGCAGCAGGAUUCUAACCCAGGACCCUGGAUUGCUAGACUUGUCUUGAAAGCUGAACCACUGAGGCAUUGAUACGUAACAGUUAUAAAACACCAUAUUAAAAAAAACAAUCCAUGAUUGUAUUGAUAUUUGUCAUCAUUGUAGCAAAAGUUGUCAUCUGUCAAAUGUUGGUUUUACUGGUGAAAUGAACAUACUUUUGAAUGAAUUAAACUUUUUUGUCAUUUUUUACUAGGACGAAAGAUUAAUGAGAAGCUCUUAAGAGGCCUAUGCAACUAGUUUUGUUUUUUAUUGACCAAGCCAAGAGUGUGGCCUCAGUUGAUCAUUUUUUCAUCAUUUAUUUAAGUGAUGUGCCUACCAUUUGCUCAGGCAUAUUUGGUGUUCAUAACAUGCAUUGAAAAUGAUCAUUUACACUGUAAUAGGAAGAAAACGGUUGGUGUCAUUAUCAUCACAGUUUCGCUUAAACAAUGUUCAAGGUAUUCCCAUGAAACUUUAUAGUACACGCGGUAACAUUUACAAGACGCAUGUUUGUAGCAAGGCCUGUGACUAUGGCUUAAAGAAUAGUUGGGUAAUGCCCUUUGAUCAACGUAACAGAUGAGUGUUGCUUUCUGACUGAGGUACUCUUGUUAGGGCCACAAAAUUAACUUGCAUAUGUCCCAUUAUACACCAUCAAAGAUAUGAGCUACAAACUUUCUAUACUCGCUCAUAGAAGCAAUACGCUCUUUUAUGACUAGUCAUUUAACUGCAGCUAAAUCAUUUCAGAUUUAUAGCCCUUUGUUAAACUUGUUACUUCAAUUUAGUAAAUCAAUGUACAUUUCAUCAAUACUUGAAAAGUGGUUGAAGAAAUUUGAUUUAACUGAAAGGAUUUACGAAUGAACAUGUGUAUUAGAAAUAGGGUUAACAAAUUACCUCCCUUGAUCUGAUUGUGUGUGUUUUUAAAACCCAUUUUGUGGACAAGUGAAUGAAAAAUUAAUUAUGAAUUAUUCACAAUAUAGGAUUGACUGUUGCACAUUUAAAGAAUAAUAACUAAGUUGCCCAUUGUUCCAAAAUUGCCUCCCUUUAUCUAAAAUGUUUAAGCAAAUGAUUUUACUUUUCACUAUAACUUGAAAAGUUUUGGAUGGAAGUGAAUGAAAGUUGAAACAUAACUAGAUGGCAAUAGCUAGUUAUGUCCCUAAAUAUUGAUGUUUGAGUUAGCUUUGGUUGAGCAUAAUCUUUACAAAAUGUUAUGAAGUUUCUUUUGGCUCAAACAAAUGUAAAUUUGUGCACAGAGCAAGAGUUGAACCAGACUUGAAUACCAAGAGUUUCUGUCUGUAAGCCUUACAACAUAAUCCAUCUUGAGUCUUGCCAACAUUCCUGACAGUGGUGUGAUCCUGUUUUAUGACUGCUGGGUUACCACAUACUAUUACUAUGUUACACAAUCAAUCUGGGGUUUUUUCUGAUAUGUCAUGAGUUCUAGUUACUAGCAUGGUGGCUUUUAGUUUGUGUAUUAUUUUGUUAGUUUUAUGUAUUAUUAUACCCCCACAAACGAAGUUUGAGGGGGUAUAUAGGAGUGAGCUUGUCGGUCGGUCGGUCGGUCGGUCGGUCGGUCGGUCUGUCUGUCGGUCGGUCGGUCUGUCGGUUUUCAUGGUUUCCGGACGAUAACUCAUGAAAGGCUAGACAGAUUUGAAAAUUUUUUGGUACACAGGUGUAACAUCAGAAGAUACAGGUCAAGUUCGAUAUUGGGGCUGGUGGGGCCAAGGUCAAGGUCACUGUUACUAAAAAUAGAAAAACGGUUUCCGGACGAUAACUCAUGAAAGGCUAGACAGAUUUGAAAAAUUUUUGGUACACAGGUGUAACAUCAGAAGAUACAGGUCCAGUUCGAUAUUGGGGCUGGUGGGGCCAAGGUCAAGGUCACUGUUACUAAAAAUAGAAAAACGGUUUCCGGACGAUAACUCAUGAAAGGCUAGACAGAUUUGAAAAAUUUUUGGUACACAGGUGUAACAUCAGAAGAUACAGGUCAAGUUCGAUAUUGGGGCUGGUGGGGUCAAGGUCACUGUUACUAAAAAUAGAAAAACGGUUUCCGGACGAUAACUCAUGAAAGGCUAGACAGAUUUGAUCAAUUUUUGGUACACAGGUGUAACAUCAGAAGAUACAGGUCAAGUUCGAUAUUGGGGCUGGUGGGGCCAAGGUCAAGGUCACUGUUACUAAAAAUAGAAAAACGGUUUCCGGACGAUAACUCAUGAAAGGCUAGACAGAUUUGAACAAUUUUUGGUACACAGGUGUAACAUCAGAAGAUACAGGUCAAGUUUGAUAUUGGGGCUGGUGGGGCCAAAGUCAAGGUCACUGUUACUAUAAAUAGAAAAACGGUUAAACCUUGGAGUUAUGGCCUCUUUUCAAAGGAAUGGUUUGCCAUUCCUGUGUCCAGGCGGCAUUUGGGGGUAUUCGUCACUCCUGUGACAGCUCUAGUUAUAGUAGUUGUAUGUAUCAUUUUGUUUUUAAAGUAGACAUCUGAUAUUAAGGGGCUGUAACUUACUGAUUGACAUUUGGAGCUCCUCUGCCAUUUUUAUCGAAAACAACCUCGGAUGUAUUUGGACGGUUUACAUACUCAAAAAGCCGUACGUUUAAGUCUGCUGCAAGUAGAUCACGUAGUACUUUUAUUUAGCAUUUAACUCUUGGGAAUCUUAAUUAUGUUUGCAAUAAUACACUUCACUGGCAAUCAGUUUAAACUAAGAUCAAUAAAUACAACUGUAAAACACUACAUUUCAUUAAUAAUGUAAUUCAAAAAUUUACAAACUACCAUACUUCAACUGAUGUUCCGGCAGACAUCCGAGGUUGUUUUCAAUAAAAAUGGCCGAGGAGUUCUGAAUGACUGAUUGACAGCAAAAAUAUGUAAUUGAUAAUUAUUUAUGUACAUUUCACUUAAUGUCCUUUUUUUAAGGUAUGAUUUGAAAAACUUCUUAUUAGGUGUUUUUUUGUUUAUCCUUUUUUUUGUUUAUCCUUUAAAAUUCUGUAAAAUUAUUUUUAUUUUUUUGCUUGUAAUUGAACAUGGCACAUGUAAACUCACAGUCAUCUAUUUUAGUGAUAAAAAUAUUACAUAAUUUUGUAAUAUUAUGUUGAUGUUGUUUGCUGAUAUUUUCAGACAAGUAUUUGUUCUUAUGAUUCUGUUUAACCAUUUGUAUUUGCUUUUCAACAACUGUGAUGUUCUUUGAAAUCCUGUAUUUGUGAUAUUUUAUAAUUCAAUAAUCACGAGUCUUUGAAUAAACAGGAAUUCACAUUCUUGUCUCAAUGUAUUCAUUCUAAUGGUCAUUGUAAUUUUCCCUUCGGCCAAAUACCUUUUGCUUUAUGAGUUGAGAUUGGAAGAAUAUCAUAGGUCAGGGGGUUGACACAAACUAUAUUUCCUGGGGAUCACGAAGGGACACCUACAGUUGAACUAAACUGUCUCUUAAUGAAGUCAGGAGUCCUUUCGAAAAUGUGUCCUUGUUCUGUAUAUGUGGUUGUUUCGUCUUUUAUAAGCCUGUUUUACAAAGAAUUGAUGUAUGGUGUAGAAGGGCUCUUAAAUUCUUCAGUUUAGUAUUUUGAAAUCCAACUAGUUGUUUCUUUAUUAUCACAAUAAAUAAUCAGCAAAAUAUUUUUCAUCAAUAAUUUAUUUUUGGUGAACAUAAAAUGUGUUUUUAUCAAACUUUAAAUUAUUAAAAAAUCUGGGUGUGGAGUCGCUGCAUGAAAUUUGAUGUCCUUUGGAUCCAUUAGUGUUCAACGCUGCAGGUUGUUAUAUUUAGAUUUAUACUCGUCUGUUGCACUAUACUUCUCAUGUCUAUCUGUCUGUUCAUUCGGUGUUGGUGUUUUUUAUUGUUUUGUUUUAUAUACCGGUAUAUUUGCUGAGCUCAUGGUCCUUAAGAACGUUGGUCAUUAUAAACAAGUAGAUGUAAGCUGUAUUAAUUUUGAAGUCAAAAGGGAAGUUCAAAGAGACGUUUAGCAAUAAUAUGGUUUCAGAGCAAUUUUUUUACUUGAAGGUCAGCUGGUAAAAGUUCUGUUUGUUUCUUAAAAAAACACAGUCACUUCAUAUAUCUUGUACAUGAAGAUAAAUGAUCAGGUUGUAAUCCUUUUGAUUAACUCGAAAAUGAGAUUAUUAUGUACUAUAAAUCUGCUUGGGAAGCCUAUAAUUUAUUACCAGUCCAUGGUUAUUGAAAAUCUCCCUGUUCCGAAGGCUAUGUCACAUGUUCUACUUCAUUUUCCCUUUCACGUCAGGCAAAUCAGCGCUCCUGUUAUCAAUUAUUUCAUAGUGAUGUUGUAUCUUUCUUCACUGAUGUUAUUUGGUGUAUUAAAACUGCCAAAGUUGUUUCUGCAUACUGGUAUUUAUCAACAAUAAUACAUAUUUUAGUCUGGUACGACAUAAUGGCAAUCACACAGAACAAUUCACUAUAUGAUUGUUUUU